AUGACCCGGCCCUAUGACCCUCUUAUCCACAUUCCACCCUUUGUGAAACCUGUCGCUCCUUACGUCAAACCCCGUCAGGAAGCCCUCCGCAUCCGCCAGGCAUUGACGUUGUACCUGCGCUCGCUCAUCGUCUUCGACGAUGCAAAUCUCCCGAACCACACCCAGUCUCACCUUGCCCUCUGUGCGCCCACCGAUGCCAUUGCGGACGUCAAACCCAUCCCUGCCGAUCUCACGGGGCUCCGCAAAGAAUACCUGCAGGCGCUUCAGGCCAAUGUCGCAGCGCGAAAGGGGCUCCGGGCUGUGUCUGAGGACGUUGCCUCUCUGAGGCGUCAGCGGACGCCCGCUACCCGCCCUGCUGAAUUCGCCGAGCCGCAGGAAACCGGCGCGGACCUGCGAGAUUAUCUCCUACUUCUGCGCGAUCGACGGCGGCAUGCCAAAUUACAAGUGUUUCAGGAUUAUCUGGAACAGCUGGAAGGGAAAAAAGAGAUCGAACUGAAAGGAAUCGGGGCUGGAGAGGAUCAGAGCCCGCAACUGUUGCCUAAGGGCUUGGAGGCAGAUGUGUCUGGUCGGAGUGACACCGAUACAGACUUAGAGGCACUGGUGCACAAGCUUGAAAGAGCAGUGCUGCGCUCCCGGAAACAAUUGGACCGAGAGAAGCAGUUAUUCGAGAAAAUCAAAGCCCAGCAUGGUUCAAGGGGCAGUGCGGCCUCAAGCGAGAUCUCUGCAGCUAUGAAAGCUCGUGCGUUACAACGCACACGGGACGAACUGGUUCAAUGGGUUGAAGAACGGCUGAUCAUCGAGGGAGAUCCGGACGAAAGUAUAGUGCAAGACCUUCCCCCGGAAGAAAUCGAAGAGGCUCAGCGUGUACUGGAGCAUCAAAAGAUGCAAAUCGCCGAGCAAUACACUGCCUAUCUCCAUGCUCGACGAGAUCUUCUUGAGGCCGCCUCCAGAGCCUGUCAACCUGUGACAGUGACCUCAAAGCCUCCAACUCGACCAGUCAGAACCGAAUUUGCUUCUGAAGAAGUACAACCGCCCAAUGGGUUGGACGUGGUAUCGUACGCAGCCGAUAACCUUGUACCGCUUUCCAAGAGCCAGAAGGCCCUGGCUCUUCAGAAGUCUUAUCUGUCUGGACUGCUUUCCAAGGAGAAAUCUACAACUCUUCGGACCCUGAACCGUUUGAGCCAUGAAAGCCAUCUCCUUCCCGAGUACCCGAUUCUCGCACGACAGCCGCGCUUCAAGCACGCUGUCGCCGCCCUCAAUUCCCGCACUUCCUCACAGUCUGAUCAAACCCCACCAGAUGAAGUAGUGAGCCUUGCGGAAGCAUGGGCAUUUGCCUCAAAUGCGGCGGGAGGACACGAGCGAGACUACGUACAGCAAAAGAUCAUAUUGGGCAAUGAGGUGGCACAAGACGCACGAAGAACACUAGAAGAUGUAUACGGCACCCUAAACCAAGACCUGAACGAGGUCAUUGGCGAAGCGGAGCCCGAGCUAGCGUCAGAUAUCUGGGCCUCCGAAGCUCGCUCCACGAGAGGGGUUACGAACGCCACUGCGGCCCGGCUAGAAAGGCGCCCGAGAGGUCCUUGGUCUGGAUUGAAUGGGCGGGUUGGAGUGGAAUAA